AUGACGAGCUGCGGCACCGCGAUACCCCCUCGCGCCGCGCGUCCUCGCGCCGCGCUCGACGGAGGACGCGCGCGCGCGUCCGCGACGGGGCCGUGGCGCGCGGUCGCGACGACGCGUCCGCGCCGCGAACCGACGUUAUCGUCGUCGACGACGUCGUCGCUGUCGCUGUCGACGUCGUCGUCGACGACGACGACGCGACGACGACGCCGCGGCUCGAUCGCGACGCGCGCCGCGGGCGGCGGCGACGGACGGUUCCGCGACGACCGCGAGCGCCGCGCCGCGAUCGACCGCCUCUCCCCGCCGUCGUCGUCGUCCGCGGACGACGACGCCGACGGCGGCGAUACGCCGUCGCCAUCGCGAUCGCCGGCCAAGAGCAAGACGCGACCGAAGCGCUUCAAGGACGCGAUGCGACAGCGCGACGACUUCAUCGAGUCCAGGCUCCGCGCGCGCGCGGAGGACGCCGCGAACGAGGGCGAGAAGACGGGCGAGACGGAUCCCAGGGUUGCGGCGAGGAAGCGCCGCUUAGAGCGGCGCGACGCCGCGCGGAGCGAUCGCGACGCGUACGUCGUGAGCGUCAUCCGCCGCGAGCUCGGGACGCCGCGGGAUAUCGUCGGAGGCGUGGACGGCGACACGCGAGCGCGACGGUUCGCGUCGCUCGCCGCGGCGCUCAAGAACUUCAGCACGUUCGAGGUCAUGACCGGGCUCGUGCGGUAUUACUACGCGCACUGGGACGAGGGGGAGGCGAGCCGCGGCGGCGGCGGCGGCGGCGGCGGCGGCGGCGGCGACGACGACGACGACGACGAGGACGAAUCGCGGAGCGCCGAGCGCGAAGGACUCGAGGUGGCGAAGUCGUACUCGGAGGCGGAGAACGAGGAGGAGCGUCGGCGGCUCUUGCGCGACGCGCAGCUCCGCGCGACGGGGAUCGAGCCCGGGUCGAGUUUCGACAAGUCGAGGCUGUCCGGGUCGUUCGACGACGACGGCGGCGAUGGAGACGGCGACGGCGAUCCUCUGACGAGGCUCGCGGCGUUUAUCCGCGAGUACUUCGCGGUGGACUUCGUGGAGACGGACGACGGCGGGAAGGAGAUGGUGGUGAUGACGUCCCCGGAGUUUCUCGUGUUUUUACUCGUGGCGGUGAUUCUGAGCGGACGGUUAGGGCACUUCAUCGUGCAGACCUAUCUCUCGGGCGCGACGGAUCCGCUCUUGAGGUAG